AUGUCUGAACACGAGAAAGUAGGCAACACGGAGGAGAUUCCCACCAAGGAGUCUUCCCUCGAGAACAAGGUCGAAGGCGAGGCUCCUGCCGCUGCCGCCGCCGAGCCCAAGAAGAAGAGAGAGUACAAGGAGAUGAGCCACGAGAACACUGGCGACCUCCACGCCAAGGUCGACAUGAACACUAUCACCUUUACCUCUGCCGACUUGUACGACAAGGACAAGGUCGACAUUGAGCACGUUGUCAUGGAGGAGGUCCUCCAGCUCCUCCAAUGUACCGAGUCUGGUCUUACCCAGGCCGAGGCUACUGACCGUAUCGGUAUCUUUGGUCCCAACAAGCUCGAAGAAAAGUCUGAAAACGCUUUCCUCCAGUUCCUCUCCUUCAUGUGGAACCCUCUGUCUUGGGUCAUGGAAGGUGCUGCCCUCGUCGCCAUCGCUCUUUCCAACGGUGGUGGUGACCCCCCUGACUGGCAAGACUUUGUCGGUAUCGUCCUCCUUCUUUUCAUCAACUCUACUAUCGGUUUCAUCGAGGAGCGUAACGCUGGUAACGCCGUCAAGGCUCUUAUGGACUCUCUUGCCCCCAAGGCUCGAGUGAAGCGUGACGGUAACUGGGCCGAGAUUGAGUCUUCCGAGCUCGUUCCCGGAGACUUGGUCGCUUUCAAGCACGGUGACAUCUGUGCCGCCGAUUGCCGAUUGGUUGACGCCAUUGAUGUCUCUAUGGACCAAGCUGCCCUUACCGGUGAAUCUCUCCCCGUCGGCAAGAAGCUCGGUGACGAGUGUUUCUCUGGUUCCACCUGUAAGCAGGGUGAGGCCGAGGGUAUCGUCAUUGCCACCGGUCCCAACACCUUCUUCGGUCGAGCUGCCACCCUUGUCGGUCAGGACAACGACCAGACUGGUCACUUGCAGAUGGUCCUUGCCCGAAUCGGUACUUUCUGUCUCGUCUCCAUUGGUAUCUUUGUCCUCCUCGAGAUCCUCAUUCUCUACGCCGACUUCCGAUACUCCUACCGACGUGGUCUCAACAACAUCCUUGUCUUGCUCAUUGGUGGUAUCCCCAUUGCCAUGCCUACUGUCUUGUCUGUCACUCUUGCCGUCGGUGCCCAGCAGCUCGCCAAGCACAAGGCUAUCGUCACCCGUAUCACUGCCAUCGAGGAGUUGGCUGGUGUGACCAUCCUCUGUUCCGACAAGACCGGUACCCUUACCACCAACAAGCUUACCAUCGACAAGGAGAACGUCAAGUGCUACUCCAAGUGGGACGUCGAGGGUGUCUGUCUCUUGGCUGCCUACGCUUCCCGAGUUGAGAACCAGGACGCCAUCGACGGCUGUGUCGUUGGUACUCUUCCCGACCCUGCCUCUGCCCGUGCUGGUAUCGACCUCCUCGACUUUAAGCCUUUCAACCCUGUUGACAAGCGUACCGAGAUCACAUACCGAGACAACCACGACGGUGGCAAGCUCAAGCGAGCCACCAAGGGUAUGACUGGUAUCAUCAUUGAGCUUUGUUCCCGAGGAAAGACCAACGAGCUCGAGGACCAGCUCGAAGCCGAUGUCGAGGAGUUUGCCCGACGUGGUCUCCGAGCCCUCGCUGUCGCCUACGAGGAUGUCAACGGUUCUUCCCACGAGGACGAGGGUAACGGUUUCGAGCUUGUCGGCCUUCUUUCCAUCUUUGACCCCCCUAGGUCCGACACCAAGCAGACCAUUGACGACGCCAUGGCUCUCGGUGUCAAGGUCAAGAUGGUCACUGGUGACCAGCUCGCUAUUGCCAAGGAAACCGGUCGACGACUUGGGCUUGGUGACCACAUGUACCCCGCCAAGGUUUUGAAGGACGGUCCCGAGGCUGGUGGCAAGCACGCCAACCUCGACGAGAUGAUCAUGGACGCCGACGGUUUCGCUGGUGUCUUCCCCGAGCACAAGUUUGAGAUUGUCAAGCGUAUCCAGAACCUCGGUCACCUCUGUGCCAUGACUGGUGACGGUGCCAACGAUGCCCCCGCUCUUUCUCGUGCGAACGUCGGUAUCGCCGUCGAGGGUGCCACCGAUGCUGCCCGAGGUGCCGCCGAUAUCGUUCUUACUGAGCCAGGACUUUCCACCAUUGUCCACGCUAUCCACGGUUCUCGAGUCAUCUUCCAGCGUAUGAGGAACUACGCCAUUUACGCUUGUGCCGUUACUAUCCGUAUCGUUGUCUGCUUUGCUAUCAUGGCCUUUGUCUGGCAGUUUGACUUCCCCUCCUUCAUGGUCCUUAUCAUUGCUGUGCUCAACGACGGUACCAUCAUGACCCUCUCCCUCGACCGAGUCCUUCCUUCUACCACCCCUGACUCUUGGGAUCUUGCUGAGGUCUUUGCCUACGGUAUCGGUUACGGUUUCUACCUCUCCGCCUCUACCAUUGCUCUCUUCGCUGUCAUGAACGAGACCACCUGGUUCGAGGACCGAUUCGGUGUCGAGGCCUACAAGGACAACUCUUACGGUGGUCACAUGGUCAUCUACCUCCAGGUCGCCAUCAUCUCUCAGGCUCUUAUCUUUGUCACCCGAUCUCACGGUCCCUCUUGGACUGAGCGACCCUCUUUCGCCCUCAUGGGUGCCUUCUGUCUCGCUCAGCUCGUUUCCUCCAUCAUUGCCGGUUUCGGUGACUGGGGUUUCACUCAGGUCCACUCUAUCUCUGGUGGCUGGAUCGGUAUCGUCUGGAUCUGGAACAUUGUGUGGUACUUCCCUCUCGACUUGGUCAAGUUUGCCAUGAAGAAGACCAUCAUUGCCGCUCUCCAGAAGAGGAAGGCCAGGCAGACCGCCGUCGCCACCCCCGACGAGGCCCUCCACCGAACUCCUUCUCGUCACGAGUCUCUCUACUCCAACCGAACCAACUUCCUUUCUCGUGCCGCCAACCGUCUUAAGGGUGGUAACAAGAUCUCCAUGUCCCAGACUGAGCUUCAGCGAUUCUCUUCCAUCCAGGCUCAGCAAUCUGGUGCUGCCCUUACCCGUGCCCACUCCAGGCCCGCGGCUGCCGCUUAA